AUGGAUGUUUUAGGUUUUCUAACUGACGAUCUUGUUCUCUCUGAUAAAUAUGAAGAAGAUGGCGGUUCUCAUGUAAAAUAUUUUGGUGUUUGUCUCUUACCCGGUGAAAAUAGAAAACAUCGCCGUCUGGAUAUUAUUGUUAUACCAUACAGUGAAUAUGCUUGUGCUUUACUUUAUUUUACUGGUAGUGCACUUUUUAACCGUUCAAUGCGAAAUUUAGCACAUCAAUAUAAUAUGUAUUUAUCUCAACAUCGUCUUAAUACCGGUGUUAUUCGCAAAAAUAAUUCAAAAAUCAAUAUGGGUACACCAUUGUAUACUCCAACAGAAGAAUCUAUUUUUAAAUAUCUAAAUUUACCUUAUCGACCACCAGAAGAACGUGACCAUUAA